AUGGCACAAAUUGGAUCCGGAGAGGUGGAGAGGUGGUGGGGGAGGAGGUGGAGAGGAGGUAGAGAGGAGGUGGUCAGGAGGUGGAGAGGAGGUGAGGAGGAGGUGGUCAGGAGGUGGAGAGGAGGUGGUCAGGAGGUGGAGAGGAGGUGGGGAGGAGGUGGAGAGGAGGUGGUCAGGAGGUGGAGAGGAGGUGGUCAGGAGGUGGAGAGGAGGUGGGGAGGAGGUGGGGAGGAGGUGGGGGGAGGAGGUGGUCAGGAGGUGGAGAGGAGGUGGUCAGGAGGUGGAGAGGAGGUGGAGAGGAGGUGGUCAGGAGGUGGGGAGGAGGUGGUCAGGAGGUGGAGAGCAGGUGGAGAGGUGGGGAGGAGGUGGAGAGGAGGUGGUCAGGAGGUGGAGAGGAGGUGGAGAGGAGGUGGUCAGGAGGUGGAGAGGAGGUGGUCAGGAGGUGGAGAGGAGGUGGGGAGGAGGUGGAGAGGAGGUGGUCAGGAGGUGGAGAGGAGGUGGUCAGGAGGUGGAGAGGAGGUGAUCAGGAGGUGGAGAGGAGGUGGGGAGGAGGUGGGGAGGAGGUGGAGAGGAGGUGGUCAGGAGGUGGAGAGGAGGUGGUCAGGAGGUGGAGAGGAGGUGGAGAGGAGGUGGUCAGGAGGUGGGGAGGAGGUGGUCAGGAGGUGGAGAGCAGGUGGAGAGGUGGGGAGGAGGUGGAGAGGAGGCGGAGAGGAGGUGGAGAGGAGGUGGAGAGGAGGUGGGGAGGAGGUGGAGAGGAGGCGGAGAGGAGGCGGAGAGGAGGUGGAGGUGGAGAGGAGCUGGGGAGGAGGUGGGGAGGUGGUGGGGAGGAGGUGGAGAGGAGGUGGGGAGGAGGUGGAGAGGAAGUGGUCAGGACGUGGAGAGGAGGUGAGGAGGAGGUGGUCAGGAGGUGGGGAUGAGGUGGGGAGGUGGUGGGGAGGAGGUGGUCAGGAGGUGGAGAGGAGGUGGGGAGAAGGUGGGGAGGAGGGAAGCAGGUGGAGAGGAGGUGGGGAGGUGGUGGAGAGGAGGUGGUCAGGAGGUGGAGAGGAGGUGGGGAGGAGGUGGGAAGCAGGUGGAGAGGAGGUGGGGAGGAGGUGGUCAGGAGAUGGAGAGGAGGUGAGGAGGAGGUGGUUAGGAGGUGGAGAGGAGGUGGUCAGGAGGUGGAGAGGAGGUGGGGAGGAGGUGGAGAGGAGGUGGGGAGGAGGUGGAGAGGAGGUGGUUAGGAGGUGGUCAGGAGGUGGAGAGGAGGUGGUCAGGAGAUGGAGAGGAGGUGAGGAGGAGGUGGUCAGGAGGUGGAGAGGAGGUGGGGAGGAGGUGGAGAGGAGGUGGUCAGGAGGUGGGGAGGAGGUGGAGAGGAGGUGGGGAGGAGGUGGGAAGCAGGUGGAGAGGAGGUGGGGAGGAGGUGGUCAGGAGAUGGAGAGGAGGAGGUGGAGAGGAGGUGGGGAGGAGGUGGAGAGGAGGUGGGGAGGAGGUGGAGAGGAGGUGGAGGUGGAGAGGAGGUGGGGAGGAGGUGGAGAGGAGGUGGUCAGGAGGUGGGGAGGAGGUGGAGAGGAGGUGGGGAGGAGGUGGUCAGGAGGUGGUCAGGAGGUGGAGAGGAGGUGGUGGGGAGGAGGUGGUGGUCAGGAGGUGGGGAGGAGGUGGGGAGGAGGUGGUGGUCAGGAGGUGGUGAGGAGGUGGGGAGGAGGUGGAGAGGAGGUGGGGAGGAGGUGGUCAGGAGGUGGGGAGGAGGUGAGGAGGUGGAGACGAGGUGGGGAGGUGGUGGGGAGGAGGUGGUCAGGAGGUGGGGAGGAGGUGGGGAGGAGGUGGUGGUCAGGAGGUGGUGAGGAGGUGGGGAGGAGGUGGUGGGGAGGAGGUGGAGAGGAGGUGGGGAGGAGGUGGUCAGGAGGUGGGGAGGUGGUCAGGAGGUGGGGAGGAGGUGGUGAGGAGGUGGAGACGAGGUGGGGAGGUGGUGGCGAGGAGGGGGUCCGGAGGGGGGGAGGUGGUGAGGAGGUGGAGAGGAGGUGGAGACGAGGUGGGGAGGUGGUGGGGAGGAGGUGGUCAGGAGGUGGGGAGGAGGUGGGGAGGAGGUGGAGACGAGGUGGGGAGGUGGUGGGGAGGAGGUGGAGAGGAGGUGGGGAGGAGGUGGUCAGGAGGAGAGGAGGAGGUGGUCAGGAGGUGGAGAGGAGGUGGGGAGGAGGUGGAGAGGAGGUGGGGAGGAGGUGGAGAGGAGGUGGUCAGGAGGAGAGGAGGAGGUGGUCAGGAGGUGGAUGCGGGUUCAACGGCUGUUUGGUGUGCGGCUGCCCGGGGAGUGGAUGA